ACGAGGAAGAACACACGCGCAGAGUUAGCGGACCUCGUCAGAGGAAGAAGUUCUGACGUUUCACGCACAAACGUGUAAAAAAACAACAUUAUUACAAGUUGUUUUGAUGCCGAGGUUUUGUUCCCGACGCCGGAGUGUUGUUUAGCUUUCAACCGAACCGCUGGAGGUUGGAUUUUACUCGCGGUCUUCGCCCUCUCUUCCCGUUAGCAUCUAAGCUAACCGGGGUAGCUACAGGACCGUCCCCUGUCACCGGCGGCUUGAUGUUGAACCGCCUCCCCGCCGUCCUCUCUCUGCUGCCCCGCCGCCUGCUCGUCCCCUCGCCGAAGAAGACUCUGAGCGGAGCCUGCUGCCGCCGCCGCCUCCUCCUCCUCCUCGGCGGGAUGGAACCGGCCGUGGUGAGGUGCCUCCCCGGCGAGCCGAAGCUCACCAUCUCCUUCAGCGUGGACGGCAGCCACAAGCACAUGCUGCGGGACCAGGACGAGCCGCUGGGGAAGGCGCUCGCCCGCAUCGCCAACAACGUGGCCAAGGGCCAAGGGAAGGCGAAGAAGGCGAAGAAGCACAAGGGGCAGCUGCCGUGCGAGGCGCCGCCGCCGCAGCAGCAGCAGCAGCCCGCCGCGGUCCAGCUGUUCUUCGACGGCGACGAGGUGCCCGACACGGUGGCGAACGCGGAGGCGUGGCGCGACGGAGCCGUGCUGCGGGUGGGACGCGUGCAGUACGCGGUGCUCCGGAACGCGCCCGCCUUCACCGCCGCGGAGCUGCCGGCGUCGCUGCUGGCCGGGUUCCCCGCCUGCCCCAAGCUGGAGGUGGAGUUCGGGAACCUCGACGACUGCGAGUUCACCUGGUUCAAGGAAAACGCCGCGGACACGAGCCCAGAGGAUGCUGGGGGCGUUGAGGGUCAGGAUCCAGGUUGGACUCAGGUGGGCUGCGGCAGAGUCCACGUCCCGUCCAAUCAGGAUAUCGGCUUCAGGCUCAAGCUGCGCUGCACACCCAGAGACGGGAGUCGCGGCGGCUUGGCAAAGGAGCUGGUUUCCGCGGGAGCCGUGGAGGCCGGACCGGGGAUGUGCACGUUCGACAACCGACACGCGUACACCGUCAAAGAGGCGGAGUGGCCGGCCGUGAGGGUGGUGUCGUACAACAUCCUCGCGGACAUCUACGCCCAGACGGAACUGUCCAAGACUGUGCUCUACCCGUACUGCGCCCCCUACGCCCUGCAGCUGGACUACAGACAGAACCUGAUCAAGAAGGAGCUGGCCGGGUACAACGCCGACAUCGUCUGUCUGCAGGAGGUCGACAAAGGGGUGUUUGUGGACAGCCUGACUCCCUCUAUGGAUGCCUUCGGUCUGGACGGAGUCUUCAGGGUCAAGGAGAAGCAGCACGAAGGACUGACCACUUUCUACAGAAGGUCAAAGUUCCGACUGCUGAGUCGUCACGACAUCGUGCUGAGCGAGGCGCUGACCUCUGACCCCAUCCAUUCAGAGCUGCUGGAGAGGGUUUCCGCAAACGGCGCCCUGAAGGACAAGAUACUGCAUAGAUCCACCGCGCUGCAGGUCAGUUUCCUGGAGGACCUGAAGGAACCAGGCAGGAAGGUCUGCGUGGCCAACACUCACCUGUACUGGCACCCGAAAGGAGGGAACGUUCGCUUGGUCCAGAUGGGUGUGGCCCUGAAGCAUCUGAGUCAUGUGAUCGGCGAGGUCGCACCCGGAGCUCCUUUACUCUUCUGUGGUGACUUCAACUCAACCCCUAGCUCAGGUGUGUUCCAGCUGGUCACGGAGACUGCGGUUCCCCAGCAGCACGCAGACUGGAGCAGCUCGGGCCCGGAGGAGUCCUGCAGCAUGGAGCUGCUCUCCGGCUUCCCGCCGCUGCGGAGCGCCUGCAACGAGCCGGCCUACACCAACUACGUGGGGGGAUUUCACGGCUGCCUGGACUACAUCUUCGUGCAGCCUGACAGCAUGCAGGUGGAGCAGAUGAUUCCUCUGCCCAGCCAUCAGGAGGUCACCACCUACGAGGCUCUACCCAGUGUGGCUCACCCCUCUGACCACAUCGCGCUUGUCUGUGACCUGCGCUGGAGCCCUUGACCUCUGACCAUUUGACGUCUAGGACGAAAGACGCGGGAGAACUGCAAAUACAUUCUGACUUUGUAUUUCUUUAUACUUGAAUGAAGUCCGAGGAUGGUAACGUGUCCCUGCAAGGCUCACUCGAGAUCAAAGUCCACAAAGACACAAAUAUUGUGAUUUAGUUCAUGUCAUAUUAUUUAUUCCUUAAUAUGCAAUAAUGAUUUUUUCAUCACUGAUAUUCAGUGUUGGGAUUGUUACUUUAAAAAAGUAAUGAAUUGCACAAUGCUUGUUGAUUUUCUCCCCACAGUCACACUGGAGCGAUAGAUAUCGUCAGCGUGAACUCACUUCUGCUGCUUCGGCCCCUUAAACAGCCGUUGUGACACAUUUUAAACCAGAUGUAAACUUAUUGGUAUAAAUACAAGUAUUUAUUAUUAUGAUCAUUAUUAUGGUCAGUUAAGAUGCUCAUCGGUUCUGUAAAGUGUGAAAUAAAUGUUUUGAGUCUAA